CUCCCUAUAACCUCUCCGCUUGGCACUCGGACACACAUCGGCGAUCGCGAGAGACUCGGAGAGAGCAGACUUCGCAGCCGUGAGGAUGAAGAUGAUGAUGAUGAUGGUUUUCAGCAGUUUGUUCACGUCUAGCUUAACCUUUGACAUCCAGCUGGUUAAAGUGAACCCUAAACGAGCCGUCUCCGGUGUGUUUGAAGUUUCCGUCGGAAACACAUACGCCUUAAGCGCAUCGGCGGCUAGGGACCUUUGCGAGCGUCUAGGGUUGACUAUUGCAAGCAAAGCGCAGGUCGCGGAGGCGCAGAAACACGGCCUGGAGACAUGCAGGUUCGGGUGGGUGGACGAGCAGAUAGCUGUUGUUCCCCGAGUUCAGGUCAAAUCGAACUGCGGUAACGGAGGGACCGGGGUCGUCGUGUGGCGCGCAGACGCCGGCAGACGGUUUGAUGCCUUCUGCUUCAAUUCAACAGAUUUUGAGGCACAAAACCAGGUUUCCGUGGCCAUGGGCCAAAGGGCAACAAGAAAGCCAAUCACAACGCAUUCGUCUGUUUUUCCCACUGCUCGAGCUGGAGUUCAUCUGAGGAAAACCCCAUUUUCUAAAUUGCCUUCCACAUCGUCUUCGCUCAGCUCCCCUUCUUCAUCAUCAUCAUCAUCUCGCAGUCCCUCUGUUAAUGAUGAAGGGAAACAUCUGCCCAUGAGCGGGACCCAGAUUGAGCCCGUCCCGGCGGCCUUGCUGAUCACGGUGACCUUCGCAGUCAUGCUCGCUGUCUUUCUAGCUCUUUACUAUUUCAGAACGAAGAAGCCCUGCGGGGCAGAGUGUGACGGCGAGCGGCAGAAGGAGAGCAUUGAGACGGAGCACUGCAGGGAAGAAGACCCGCAGAAACCACAGGAGGAGAACGAGGAGGAGAACGACACUUCUGCAGGAAAAGACUGACAUUUCUGCAUUUGUCAAGACAUCUCGGGAUGACUGAAGUGUUCGUAGAAGUGUUACGGUGUUGUAGAUAUGUAAUGGAGCAAACAAUGACAUAGGUGUGUUUAUUUAAGUGGAAGCUGGCUUUUUAUCAUGCUUUUUAUUUUAUUACAUUAAAUAUUUUACCGAUUUUC